UGACCGAGUGACAAACAAAAUUGUGGUUAAAGAUAAGAUAAAGAAAGUUUUUACUUCGUUAUUGACAUUGCAUUUCCUGGAGAUGAAUAUGCAAGAGAUAAGACCAGGAAAGGUUUCAAACGUACCAGGAUUUAUGCCGUGGGGCAUAAAAAAGGACGGAAGUAGUGCUAGUCGUGGGAACCCUUGAAGUGGGAACGAGGAAAUCAGAAUUUGGGACGAAAAUGUGUGCAUAUUAAGACCUGCAUAGAAGAGCAAGCCCUCUUCAGAAAUGUGAAGAGCAGAAAAGCAGCAUCUUGCGCAGUCAAAAUCCAUAGGACCUCUGGUGAUGGCGGAAUACAGCCGGGUGACGAAGGCCUGCAACGAGCGCGGGGAGCUAUGGGAAGACCCGGACUUCCCUGCCUCACAGACGUCUGUGUUCUACCACCAGACUCCGCCAUUUACGUUCACCUGGCGACGACCUACGGAACUGGUGCAGAAUCCGAUCUUCAUCUCUGAGGAAAAUUACCAGUUCGACAUCGUUCACGGCAAGCUGGGCGACAGGUGGUUCGUGUCGUGCCUGGGAUGCCUCCACCUGACGAAGGGCCUCUUCUACAGGGUGGUGCCAGCCGACCAGGACUUUCAGCCCGAGGCCGGCUACUGUGGUGUGUUUAGAUUCCGUGUGUGGUGGUGCGGUGAGUGGCGGGAGGUGCUUGUGGACGACAGACUUCCCACCGUCAACGGAAAGCUGGUGUUCGUCCACUCGCAAUCAACCAACCAGUUUUGGCCUGCACUCUUGGAGAAGGCCUAUGCAAAGCUCCACGGAUCCUACGAGGCUCUGAAGUAUGGCACAUCCCUGGACGGCCUGUCGGACUUCACGGGCGGCGUGGCGGAGUGCGUGAGCCUGCGGGCGGACCCCACGACGUGCGGGCGGCUCCUGGCUAAACUACUCGACCUCACGUCCAUCGUCACCGCCGUCGUGACUGGCCAUAACCAUGGCCAGUCCAAGAUGCAGCCGGAAAAACUGGCCAAUGGCAUCGUUAUGGGCGUCAAUUACCGCAUCUACGCCAUAGAAAAGGUUGAGCGGUAUAGUGGGGAGCAGGUGAGUCUGGUACGGUUGAGGACGCCCCUUGGAACCAGCGGAGAGUACCUGGGCAGCUGGAGAGGGCGCGACGCCCCGGAGUGGGACGACGUCCACCAGCAUGAGAGGGACCGACUCAACCUCAAGCUUACACCGGAGGGCGAGUUCUGGAUGUCCUACAGUGACUUCGUGCGGACGUUCACACAGCUGGAAGUGAUCCACCUGGACGGGGAGACGUCGCGGGACGAGCCCUCCCUGCGCCACAAGACGCCCUGGACGUCCCGCGUAUACCAGGGCACAUGGCUCAAGGGCGUGACGGCGGGCGGGUGCAGGAACAACGCAGACACCUUCCACAUCAACCCGCAGCUCCACCUCAUCCUCAGCGACAUGGAGGAAGUCGUCAUUUCUCUGAACCAACAUUCCGUCAUGGAGCCAAAGGUAAUAGGGUUUACAGCCUACCCGCUGUCCAAGAAUGGCCUCGACUCCAUCAGCAAAGCUUUCUUCAAGAAGAACAAGUCACUCGUCAAUUCGCAGUACACCAACAGCCGACAGGUGGGCGAGCGAGUGCAGUUGGAACAAGGGGGAUACAUCCUUUUGCCGACCACCUUCGAACCCGGGCAAGAAUCUUCCUUCACUCUGAGGGUGUUCUCCUCAAAGCCUCUUAAACUCAAGCUAGUAGACACAGCCCCAUCUCUAGUGAAGCCGGCGCUGCUGAAAGCCCGAGGCUCAGUGGAUGGGAAGAGCCUGCAACAGUACGAAGCCGUGUUCCUCCAGGUGGCUGAUGAACACCGCACUGUAAAUGCUUUUGAGCUGCAUGAGCUGCUCGAGGCUUGCUUACCAAAUGAUUACAUCAAGAGUUGUGCUAGUCUUGACAUCUGCAGACAAGUCAUCCUGGCUCUAGAUAGUUCAUCCACAGGGAGACUGAAAUUCUCAGAUUUCAAGGACUUGAUGGUGAGUCUGAAAUUCUGGCAGAAUGCCUUCAAGAGCCACACGAAAGAGCGAACUGGAAUCCUGAAAGCUGAAAGACUUCGAGAUGCCCUGGAGGAUGUCGGAUUUCAACUGAACACGGAGGUUGUAUCCACGCUGGUGCUGCGCUACAUGAGAAAAGACGGAACAUUAAGGUUCGGGGACUUUGUCAGUGCAGUUCUCCAUCUCUCAGUUGCGUUCAAUAUUUUUGAGAAGCGAGACCCUCUACAGAAUGGCGCCGUCAAAUUCUCUCUGGGCGAGUGGCUGAAAUGUGGGCUCAUGUGCUGAUUCAGAGGCAUUAGGAUAAGGCAACCCAAAUUAUAUGAAGACUAGCUUUAAAUAUUGUGCUAUAAAUACUCAUAUAUAUGAUUCUUUUAUUGUAUAUAGUACGUGUUAUAUAUAUUUUAGAGUUUAUGUACUGAGUGAUUGUGUAGUCUGUGACACUUAUUUCCUGUGUUCAUUUUGUCACGAAGGAUGUUAGAUGAAUGUAUAUUGCUUAUCAUAUUCACUUUACAGAAGGAAAAUGAUAUCUUCGUUUCCAAGUGCUUUUUAAAACGAUGUACAGUACGCCGGAAAAAAAUACUCUGGCAGAUGUAAAUUAUCUUUUAUACUCGCAGGAUUAGAUUUUUAUAUAUUAAAAACAUUUCAUAUACAACAGUUAUUGCUAAUUUGCUAUGUAAAUAAGACAGAAAGAAAACGGUUUUAUACACCUUAAUUUACUGAAGUUACGAAUAUCUAGGCCGGCCGUGCAUGGUGGUAAUUUAUAAAAGGGCCUUUUUGUUUAAUACAUUAUGAAAGAUGUGUAUAUAUAUAUAUGUAUAUAUAUAAGAAGACUGAUCAUUAGUUUCGCUGCUACUACUGUCUUCAUGAUUGUCAUUAUUGUAGGUGUUAUUAUUAUUAUUAUAAUAAUGAUUAUUAUUAUUAUUAUCAUUAUUGUUAUUAUGAUUAUCAUUAUUAUUAUUAUUAUUAUUAUAAUUAUUAUUAUCAUUGAUUAUAUUAUUGAUAUUUAUAUUAUCAUCAUGACCAUUACCAUAAAUGCUUUCUUUAUUGUUAUUAGUUCAAAAUACGACCAAAAGCAUGUCUUGGGCUGGAACCAUAGAGAUGGCAGUGGAAUACAUUUCCUGCUGAUUUUGUCUGGCAAAGGAAUGUGAGGCUUAUGGAAUUGUAAAAGGGUGUAAAAUGAACUGUAUCGUGUAGAUAUUACUCUAUGUUCCAUAUUUCAAAUGUUUAUGUAAUACUUUCUGAUGUAUGUCAGUUAAAAGUACACCUGUAUGUUUAACUGUUGUUUUAUCGUGCAUUGUACAGAGACUGCGUAACUUUUGCUAUGUAAUAUUAUAAAUAAAUGUUUAUUAUCAUGAA